UGGUAAAUCCGCGUUGACAUUGUCGGGACGCGUGCUGCUGUUAGGAAAACCUAAUUACGAUAGGAAGCAAUUUGUCGUUUUUCCCCAUUUUUUCAUAAUUAUUAUAUUGUUACGAAGAAACGAUGUGCUAGCAAAGAAGGCCAUUUGUAUUGUCGCGGCACGAGUUAAUCUGACUAUUAAAAUUGAAAAAAAAAAGAUAAAAGAAAACAGCAGAUCCUGCAUAGAUAACUAACUUUCGUGUGACUGUUAGCACUCGGAUGUGCAUAAAUAUAAGACUGGUAGAAUAUUUAGAUUCAGAAAGCUCUCAGACGUGCUGUGUGAUCCUUUGUAUUUUUUACAAUAAGCAAUAAUGAAGCAAAAACAAAGAGAGAUAAGUUUAGGAUUUUUGCUAGUAGUGUGUUUCUUAUGUGAAAGUGUUUUUGGUCAGGCACCACCAAUUUUUGCGAGUGGGAAUCAAAAUCCGACUCCAAGCUCACCGACCCCAUACAUUGUGAGUAAUCCUGGAGUCCCAUCCACAAAUCGUGUAUGCAGUUGUGUGGUUUCUGGAACAUGUACUGGAAUAAUUGUUAAUCCAGGAGCUGGUUCUAUCGAUAUUCGCAUCGUAAAUCAGGGUUCUACUGGAACUGGUGGAACUACUACAUGUCCAGGUGGUUAUGUUCUCUGUUGCACAAAUGGUUCGGGAAGCGUGAUCGACAGUACCUGUGGACGACGGAAAUAUACUUCAUCAACUGCACUGCCAAUAGGGCAAGCAGCUUAUGGUGCUUAUCCCUGGCAGGUUGCACUUCUACAUCCAACAACUCACCAGUUCCUUGGCGCUGGAGUUCUUAUAAAGGAAAAUUAUAUCCUUACUGCUGCGCACAAAAUUUAUAAUUUGGGUUACAAUUUCAUAAUUAGACUCGGUGAAUGGAAUUCGGCAACUAAUGUAGAACCAUACAUUGAUGCUUCUCCCUCAGCAGUAUCAAUUCACCCGAAUUUCAACGCUCAGAAUCUUCACAAUGACAUAGCCGUUGUUCGGCUCGAUAAAAACAUAGCGAUUGCUAGUUAUGCCAAUAUCAACACCGCCUGCCUUCCAACAAAUAAUCCAACUGCCGGUACCAGAUGUUGGGCGUCCGGAUGGGGAGUGAAUGCGUUUACAGGUGGCACGUAUCAGAGUAUAAUGAAGGAAGUUGAUCUUCCAAUUGUAGAUUACAAUACUUGCCAAAAUCAGCUCCGAGCGACGAGACUUGGUCAGUAUUUCCAACUGGAUAGCACCAGCUUUAUAUGCGCUGGUGGUGAAGCAGGGAAAGAUGCAUGCACGGGUGAUGGUGGUGGUCCCCUUGUGUGUCAACAAGCUACAGGACAAUUUCAAGUGGUGGGCUUAACAGCCUGGGGGGUCGGAUGCGCACAAGUAAAUGUUCCAGCAGCAUACGUACACAUUUACAAUUAUCUUUCCUGGAUAAAGCAACAGACUGGCUGAUCUUGAUAAGCUUAAUUUAGAAUCUAUAUUGCUAAUGCGAUCACUUUUUUAAUAAGCUAAAAUAAAAAUGAAAAAAAUCGAUUCUAAAUUCAAUAUAAAAAAUGUGCAUUUUAAAAUAAAUGUUCAUGUGAAUUUAAACAUGCGCCAAACUUGUACC